CAACCGACUUAUCCUUAAUUCCCAUAAGUACCACUUUCGCAUGCCUAAAGUACUACUCCUUCAUGCGACAGUUCCUACUUGUUUUCUGCUCACAAAGAAUCCAACAAAGCUUUGGUUCAUUGAUGCAGCUUUUGUUCUUUGUCCAACAAUGUCGGAAAUACUGUCACACACACCCCAUUACAUCAAAUUCUCAGAUUUCUCAAUUUGCUCGUUUGGGCCAAAUUCAUAAUGCCCGGAAGAUGUUCGAUGAAAUGCCCAACAGAACUGUAACUUCUUGGAACUCAAUAAUCACUGGGUAUUUCCAAAAUCAACAACCCCUUGAAGCUCAGCGUCUGUUUGAUCAAAUGAAUGAACGGAACAUUGUUUCUUGGAAUGGGUUAAUCUCAGGUUAUGUAAAGAAUAGGAUGGUGAAGGAAGCACGAAAGGUGUUUGACAAAAUGCCUCAAAGAAAUGUAAUUUCUUGGACUGCUAUGGUUAGAGGGUAUGUUGAGGAGGGGUUGGUGGAGGAAGCGGAAGCGUUGUUUUGGCGAAUGCCGGAAAAGAAUUUAGUGUCAUGGACUGUGAUGUUAGGUGGGCUGAUUCAAGAAAGGAGAAUUGAUGAGGCUAAAAGGCUUUAUGAUAUGAUGCCAGUGAAGGAUGUAGUUGUGAGGACUAAUAUGAUUUGUGGGUAUUGUCAGGAAGGGAGGUUGGAUGAGGCUCGCGAACUCUUUGAUGAAAUGCCACGAAAGAAUGUGGUUUCUUGGACUGCAAUGGUGUCAGGAUAUGCGCAAAAUGGUAAACUGGAUAUUGCUAGAAAACUUUUUGAAGUCAUGCCUGAGAAAAAUGAGAUAUCAUGGACUGCAAUUGUAAUAAGCUACGUGCAAUAUGGUAGAUUUGAAGAGGCGUGGAAGCUUUUUGAGCUGAUGCCUGUUAGAACAACUCCUGCUUGCAAUGCCAUAAUAUUUGGAGUAGGACAGAAUGGAGAGGUGGCUAAGGCAAGGAUGGUGUUUGAUUGUUUGACGGAGAAAGAUGAUGCAACAUGGAGUGCAAUGAUCAAGGUUUAUGAAAGGAAAGGAUAUGAGUUAGAGGCGCUGAAUUUGUUUCAUCGAAUGCAAGUAGAAGGAUUUAGGCCAAAUUUCCCUUCAUUGAUAAGCAUACUUUCUAUUUGUGCUAGUCUUGCAAGUCUUAAUUAUGGUAGAGAGGUACAUGCACAGUUAAUCAGAACCGACUGUGAUGAUGACGUGUAUGUCUCCUCUGUAUUAAUCACGAUGUACAUCAAAUGUGGUGAUUUCGUCAACGCCAAAUUAAUAUUUAACAGAUUUUCUCCAAAAGAUGUGGUCAUGUGGAAUUCUAUCAUAACAGGUUAUGCUCAACAUGGAUUAGGAGAUAAAGCUCUAGAAGUGUUCAGAGAAAUGUGUUCCUUUGGUAUUAUCCCAGACGAGGUUACCUUUGUUGGAGUUUUAUCUGCAUGCAGCUACACUGGGAAAGUGAAAGAAGGGCAAGAUAUAUUUGAGUCCAUGAAUUCAAAAUAUCGGAUGGAACCAGGAACUGCACAUUAUGCCUGCAUGGUUGACAUGCUUGGUCGAGUUGGCCGGUUGAAUGAGGCGAUGGAUCUGAUCAACAAAAUGACUGUAGAAGCAGAUGCAAUUAUUUGGGGUUCUUUGAUGGGUGCAUGUAGGAUGCAUAUGAACCUAGAUAUGGCAGAAAUUGCUGCAAAGAAACUUAUACAGCUUGAACCCCAGAAUUCUGGGCCCUAUGUCCUACUUUCUAAUAUUUAUGCAUCCAACGGUAAGUGGGCUGAUGUUGCUUCACUUAGGAAGUCGAUGCAGUCUAGGGAAGUGGUUAAAACACCUGGUUGUAGUUGGCUUGAGGCAGACAAAAAAGUGCAUAUGUUUACUGGUGGACAGAGCACACCCCACCCCGAGCAUGAUUCGAUUAUCAAAAUGUUAGAAAAGUUGGGGCCUAUGUUAAGAGAAGCUGGAUAUAUUCCUGAUGGAAGCUUUGCUUUGCAUGAUGUGGAGGAAGAAGAAAAGUUGCAUAGCUUGAAUUAUCACAGUGAGAAACUAGCUGUGGCUUAUGGACUUCUUAAAUUGCCUGAAGGUGUGCCUAUACGAGUAAUGAAAAAUCUCCGGGUUUGUGGUGAUUGUCAUUCUGCUAUUAAAUUAAUUGCUAAAGUCACAGGACGAGAGAUAAUUCUAAGAGAUGCCAACAGAUUUCACCAUUUUAAGGACGGACUAUGUUCCUGCAAGGAUUAUUGGUGAAUGCUUCGUUAUUUGUGUGCAUAAUUCAUUAAAAAGCAGCUUUAGUGGCAAAUAUCAAUAUCCAUGCUAUAGCUCAAGGUUGCUCAGAAUUCAAUGUAACAGUAGUUGUUAAGGAAGAAGACUGUGUGAGGGCUUCACGUGCUGUGCACUGAAGGUUCUAUUUGUCAAGAACUAGUAUUGCUGUGGGGAUUGUUGGACCUGGGCUGAUAGGGGGUACAUUGCUUGACCAGCUCAAGGAUCAGUCAGCUGUCUUAAAGGAAAAAUUCAAACAUUGACUUGUGCGUGAUGAGUAUAAUUGGUAAAAGCUCAAUGCUAUUAAGCGACUCGGGUAGUGAUGACAAGACAGCCUUUUCAAUGUUGAUAGGGGUGUUGAUUUGUCCUAGUGGAAAAAACUGCUAAGUGAAAAGGGGGAAAUGGCUGACUCGAAUAAGUUUGUUCAACAUGUGAGUGAAAAUUAUUUCAUCCCAAACAGUGUUCUAGUGGAUUGCACUGCAGACUCUCAUAUCGCAAGCCAUUACUACUAUUGGUUACAAAGAGGAAUCCUUGUGGUCACCCCAAAUAAAAAGGCUAAUUCAGGACCACUUGACCAGUACUUGAAGGUGAGAGAUCUUCAACGACAAUCAUACACACAUUACUUCUAUGAAGCUACUGUUGGAGCUGGACUACCAAUCAUUAGCACCUUACGUGUUCUUCUUGAAACUGGGGACAAAAUUUUAUGGAUUGAGGGUAUUUUUGGGUUGUGGAACUCUGAGUUACAUAUUUAAUAACUUUACGGGGACAAAAGCUUUUAGCCAAGUGGUGAAGGAGGCGAAAGAGGCUGGUUAUACUGAGCCAGAUCCAAGGGAUGACCUAUCUGGAACAGAUGUUGCCAGAAAGAUAUUGACUGAUAUAGGUUUUAAAUGUUUUCGUUCACUGUUAUCAAGUGUUAACCUGACAGAAGAUCUUCUUUUCCUUUGUGUUCGAUGCUUGAUGAAAUUUCCAACCAUGACUUAGUGUUGCAGAAACAAUAUCUGUCAUUUUACUUCUAUACUGAUCCCACCUUGAUGGGUUUACGCAUUUGUGCUGAUUUCCUUCCCCGCCUUAGAAAUGAAGACUAAGUUUUAUUUUUGAAUUUGCUGGUUCCCCUCUCUUUUAAAUAGAUUGACAAGAAAACCAACUACCUGGAUAUUGAUGCUACACAAAUCAUGGUUUGAUGAUUUUUGAUGUGCAAUAACUUUCCUGUUCCAGGUGAUAAUUCUUGCUAGAGAAAGUUCACUGGACCUAGAGCUUUCAGAUAUCCCUGUUCAGAGCCUUGUGCCAGAACCUUUAAGGGUGACUGCAUAUCUUAUAUACAUGCAACAUUAACUGGAAAGGCAUAUUUGUCUCUAUGAAGUGAUAUUUGGUGGAUUUCUCAGGCUACCGUGUUUGCCGACGACUUUCUGCACGACCUGCCAAAAUUUGAUGAAGAGUUAUCUAAACAGAGGCAGGUGGCUGAAGAUGAAGGAGAAGUCUUGAGGUAUGUUGGAGUAGUUGAUGUUGUCAACGGAAAAGGACUGUUGAAUUGAGGAGAUACAAAAAGGAGCAUCCAUUCACACAACUCUCUGGAUCGGACAACAUAAUUGCAUUCACUACUGAAAGAUAUUGUAAGCAACCUCCAAUAGUUCGUGGUCCAAGAGCUGGGGCUGAAGUGACAGCAGGCGGAGUAUUCAGUGAUAUUUUGCGACUUGCCUCAUAUCUUGGUGCUUCAUCAUAACUCAUGAUGCUUUUCCCCCUAAUCCUAAUUCUGCAUUUCAUCUGGUCAUAUGGCCUGCUCCUAGUAUAGCAGUUAUAUAGUUAAAUGAUUGGUGUGUAAUUGUGAGCAACUCAUAGUGUUGCGGAAUAUGUAACAUGGCGCUUAUCAUCGUAGGUUGCUUAUUUAGGAAUAAGUCUUGAUAGUUAUUAAAGCUUAUUAUGGUCCUGAUGGACAUAUCCUGUAGGGGAUACAUCUUGUUGGUGAAUGUUGAUGCUCUAUGUCAAUGCAAUUAAUGAACUGUUCAAGCUU